UCCACAAUUCUGUAAAUAGAAUUUGUUAAAAGUGCUCUGUAGAAGCCAGCUAAUACAAGACUGUGAUUUUACUUCUUUGUGAUGAACUGGGGGACUGGUUCUGUUCUCUGGGAUUGGAAUCAAAUGACUAUUCUGGUUACUAGCUACACGAUAAGUUGCAUUAUGACGUGCGAGGGAACACACCUGUGGCCGUAAGGUCGCUUAGGGGCUCUUCACAUAUGUCAGGGAAUGACCGGCUUGCCAAUGUUGACAACACAAAUGCUACAAACAGGCGAGAAGAUAGGGCCCAGUCCAAGAGCCGGUAUACUCACGCCUGGAAGACCUGCGGUGCGUGCGCGUGUGUGUGUGCAAAGAGGGAACGGCCCAGUAGUGUGUCUAUGUGCAUUUGCGGAAUACACGCCCUAGCUCAUCUGCACGUCGCAUACUCCCACACUGCUCCAGGUUAAUAAGUGAAGCCGGCAGCAUGUUCAGCAGAAGCAGGUACCAGGUGAGAGGAAGCAGCAGCACCAGUGGGAGGGUGCAGCCGGGAAGGGCCAGCCAGGGAACCACCCUGGCAUCCACCACCGCAUUCACAGCAUUCAACGUCAAUAAGUACGGGGGACUGGGAUCUAUAAUUCCAGGGAUGUCGUCGUGGAGUCGUGAUCCGUCAGAGACAUUUAUGUCGCUCGGAAGUCCGGAUUCUGGUGUGGGAUCACCCACACAUGGCCGAGGUGUGUUCACAUGCUGUGGUGUACCUAUGGGCAGGCCUCGGCCAACAAUAGGAAGUGGCCAGGACCAGAGUGCUAUCCUGGAGGUGGGGAAGAUUGAUUGGGAGGCUGCAAUAAAUGCCACCGACCAUCACACGGACAGGUUCGACGCCGUCGAGAGCGGCAAGCCAGUCAUUCGCAGAGGCCAGGUCUUUAAACUUACCGUGCACUUCAAGAGGCAGCUGAUCCCCCACCGCGACACAAUCCGCUUCAAGUUUGAGUUUGGCCGAAACCCAUUCAUCUCCCGGGGAACUAGGGUGCUGAGAACGGUGCAGGGUAAGGAACUGGACAACAAUGACUGGGGUGUGAGGCUGCGCACAAUGAGCGGCACUCACACGAUCAUGGACGUCAUGACACCGGCCGACUGUCCCGUCGGAAUCUGGAAGAUGAGCAUCAUCACCAACUUCAAGGAUGAUGUGAAGAAGAUGCAGACCUUCAAAUGUGACCAGGGCAUCUAUGUUUUGUUCAAUCCGUGGGUGAAAGAGGAUUUGACUUACAUGGACGAUAAGAAAGAGAUAGAAGAAUACGUGCUCAAUGACAUGGGAAAGAUCUGGUGCGGUACUUCCAAGCGCCUACGAUACCGAGCUUGGAACUUUGGGCAGUAUGAGGAUCCAGUGCUGGAUGCAGCUAUUCGCGUCCUGGAUGCUUCCAAGCUGGAUGCAGGAGCAAGAGGGAACCCAGUAAAGAUUGUUCGCACCAUCUCUGCCAUGGUGAAUGCUCCUGACGAUAAUGGUGUGUUGGAGGGUAAUUGGUCGGGAAGCUAUGAGGGAGGUACCCCACCCACCCAAUGGCAAGGCUCUGUCCAGAUCCUAACGAAGUGGUUUGAGAGUGGUGAGCCAGUCUGCUUCGGGCAGUGCUGGGUGUUCUCCGGUGUCACCACCACCGUCUUGAGAGCUUUGGGAAUACCUGGUCGCAGCGUUACCAAUUUUGCAUCUGCACAUGACACCAACUGUAACAUCACAGUUGAUUUCCACUACUCACAGGAUUACAGCAAGCUGGAGGACAUGAACAUGGACUCCAUCUGGAACUUCCAUGUUUGGAAUGAAUCCUGGAUGGCACGCCCUGACCUUCCAGCCGGCAAUGGAGGCUGGCAAGCUAUUGACGCUACCCCACAGGAAACAAGCGAAGGUGUGUUUUGUGCCGGUCCUGCUGCAGUGUCAGCCAUUAGAAAGGGUGAGGUUGGUAUCCUUUAUGACGCACCCUUCAUCUUUGCUGAGGUGAAUGCCGACAUCAUUCACUGGCUCUGCCCCGACCUUGAAACCGAGGACAUGGUCAAGCUGAAGAUGGACACAAACGGAGUCGGACAAUCUAUCAGCACCAAGCGUCCAGGUCCGAUGGGAAUUGGAAAUUCCGACAGACUUGAUGUUACCGAUUCCUACAAAGCUACUGACAGGAGUGAUGAAGAGAGAGCAGCUGUGAUCAAUGCUCUCAUGCGAGGACACAGCUCCAGCACGACUGCAUACGACGUGCUGAAGGAAGACGUCAUAUUCACCCUUGACGACAAAGACGACGUUCUCAUUGGCCAGCCGUUCUCCAUCUUUCUGAAAAUGAAAAACACGUCGAAGGAAAAGCGUACGGUGGAGAUAACAAUGCACCUAGAAACAACUUACUACACUGGAGUGGUGGCCGAGAAGGUGAAGACUGAGAAGUUUACAGUUGUCCUCGAGCCACUAAAAGAUAAUAAGAGUUCCAUUACUGGUGUACCUGAUGAAUACCUGGAUUUGCUCGUUGAUCAGGCCGCGUUCCAGGUGUCUGCCAUUGGUACUGUCAAAGAAACAAAGCAGGUGAUAUGCCUGAGUGACGACUUCCGUGUUCGUGCACCUGAUGUCAUUGUCAAGUCUGACGGCAAGUGCCAAGUAGGCAAGCCAUGCAAGGUCGACGUCAAAUUUGUCAAUCCUCUGACGAAGAUUCUGCACAAAUGCAUGUUUAUCCUCGAAGCUCCUGGUUUAGAAAAACCACACGAAAUCGCAUGCAGUAACGUCGAGGCGAAAGGCACGGCGUCGAUGUCAUACACGUGCCAGCCGAAGCACGCCGGCAUGAAGACCAUCCUCGUGAGCUUCACCUCGAAAGAGCUGUCCGAUGCGGAUGGAUUCUUAACGGUAGAUGUGAAGCCGGCAGCAACAUCAGCACAUCGUUAAGAGCUGAACCUGGGACGGUGCAGUAACAACUAAACUUGAAUAAGCUCAGUGCGGGCUUGGCCUGCGUGGCGCAGUAACAGCUAAACCUGGGCCAGUGUAGUUGGAGGUAAAACUGAAACCCACCGUGCCCAUUUGGUGGUGCUGUAGCCUCUCUCUUUCUCUCUCUCUCUCUCUCUCUCUCUCUCUCUCUCUCUCUCUCUCUCUCUCUCUCUCUCU